GCUGACGUCAUCGCCGCGCGCCGCUCAUGAUCACGUGGUAUCGGCAAAGUCAAGCAAGCUUGCGGAAUACAGACACACAGCGAGUGAUAUAAUAAGAGCAGAUAAAUAUCAGUGUUAGGAUGAACAGUGUUGGUGAAGGCUGUACGGAUCUUAAACGGGACUAUGAUCAGUGUUUUAAUCGAUGGUUUGCUGACAAAUUUCUGAGAGGAGACCGCAGUGAAGAUCCGUGCACUGAACUCUUCAAGAAAUAUCAGACAUGUGUUCAGAAAGCCAUCAAAGAGAAGGAGAUUCCCAUUGAAGGUUUGGAGUUUAUGGGCCCCGAUAAAGAGAAAGCAGACAGCUGACAUUCACCUGAACGUCACGUGAUGUCAUUUAUGGACAUGAUGAUGGAGAUUCAUGGACUGGAGAGCAUCACUGAAAACUCUCUGAUGACUUUAUCAUGGACACCUGGAUGAAGUCAACUGUUGGGUCAUCAUGUCUAUUGCUGAACUCAUUUUACAUUUGGUGCUUAACUUGGUAAAUGAUUCUAGUUGUAGAAGAGAAGGUUUGUUUUGAUGCCGAAGCUGUCUGCAACACAUCACUGAUGCUUUAGACAUGCAGAGAAAAUGCAUUGCAUGUGUAUGAAGAGCAGUGAAAGACUUGAGAGGUUUUUGGUUACAUACAUCCGUUUUUAAUGUUCUUCAAGAGAUCCGUGCGUUUAUACGAUGGACGAUGUUUAAGGUCAAUGUAGAAGAUACUUCAUUUCUGUUGUCGACCAUCUUCAUAACAACUUUUAAAUGCAAUGAACCCAUUAGGUCAGAUUGACAGUGAUGUAAACAGAUCUGCAUUGUCUUUCAUUUAUAAAUAUCAUCCUGUUCAGUGUAAAAUAAUUAUAUCUGUGAGAGACGUUAAAUCAAUUUUAUUCUCUUGA